CACGCGUUCCGGCGGAGGAGAGGGCGGGGCUCAGACCAGUAGCUCGCGGACGGGAGCCGGGAAGGACCGAAAUGGCGGCGGGCUCCUCAUCUGCGUCGGCGUCCGUGUCGGGCUCGAGCGCGUACGGGCUGGGCUUGGCCAACGAGCGGCUGCGGCUGCUGGAGGAGCUUGAGCGAGAGAUCGGCGCGGCGAUGCAGAGCGCGGGCACCGUGAUCCUGGAGCUGUCGAAGGAGAAGCCCAACUGGAGCCUGCUGGAGCGUCAGACAUCCCAGUUCAUGGGCUCCGUCCAGAAAGUGGAGUCGGAGCUCUCUGCCCAGAUCCGCUACCUCACGCAGGUGGCCACAGGGCAGCCCCACGAAGGCUCCAGCUACUCGGCCCGCAAGGACUGCCAGAUGGCCCUCAAGAGGAUUGACUACGCCCGAGUCAAGUUGGGAGAAGUCUCCCGGACCUGCGAGCAGAUGCUGGAGCAGUGAGGCCGAGGCGCAGAGGGGACGCCUCUCCCAGGUGGCCCCUCCUGGCCGCCAGCACUCGCCAGGUUGCUCUUUGUGGACAAAGGACUCUGAGCAGCCUACCUGGCAGGGACGGCGGUGGAAACUGCCUGCAUGGCAGACCGGAGCAACCCCAGAAGAGGAAGAGCAACGUCUCUGUAGCCUUUUCCAGCUGACUUCCUCCUCUUUGGCUUCUUUCCUGAAACAAACUUGUGAUAUUUAUGAAGCGUUUCCACAAUAUUUUUUUUUUACAAAACGUUUGUUAAUUUUUCGACAGAUUCACGGUAUGCACAUUUUCAUUAAAUGAGAACUGCCAGAAGGGCA